AUGCCUGUCCCAAGCUAUGGCGCGAUGCCUCUGAGCAAGAUGUUCUGCCUCGUGCGGAUCUUGCAGGUCGUUGCCAUGAUCAUCAUCAUUGGCAUUGCAUCCAACUUUGUUUCUCUCAUUGUUUCGUCCGGUAUCGAGCCUCCAAAAGAAGUCGUCGGUACUCUCAGCGUGACGUGCAUCGCAACCCUCUAUGUCGCAGUCAGCAUCGGCUUCUACUGGUCUCAAGCAAACCUCGGACUCCUCGUCAUGUCCGGUGUCGACGGCCUGCUGCUCAUCGCCUGGAUCGUCGUCGCAGUGACAGUCGGCAAACCGCUUUCAUUCCUCAACUGCUAUGUCAUCGGAAAGUUUUCCAAAGCCACCGAUGCCUCUGCCGCCUACGCCUUCACCGUCUCGGUGGCCAACAACCUCAACACCAUGGGCUCGACCUUGGGAAUGGGUAGCUGGGCGGGUGCGACCAAGUCCAACUGCUUGCAGUCCAAGACCAUCUGGGGACUGAGCAUCGCUCUCUGCAUCCUGUUCACCACUUCGUGCGUCCUGCUCCCGACACUCUGGUACAAGAACAAGAAGGCCAAUCCCGCACCCAAGACGGUCGAAGAGGCAUAA